UGCCCUGGCGACCGAUUCCACUCCUCUCGUCUCGGGACUCCCACUCCUCUCGCGUUCCUCUCUCCGACAGCCCCAAAUCCCUAGCUCACCCACUCCUCCCUAGUGUCGUUGCUGCCGCCUCCCACUCGCCGGCAUCGUUGAGCCUCCCUCUAGCCGGUGUCUCCUCUCCCAUUCCCCUCGCUCACCUACUCCCCUCCAAAGAUGGCGUCGUCCCCUCUGCCUGUCUGGUGUCCUCGCCUAUCUUCCAAAGAUUGCUUUUUUUUUACUCCAACGCAUCUGAAGCGGUGAUGGGUACUUGUGCGGAGGCGGCGGAGGCGGCGGCGGCGCUGUAUCUAAAGAGGGCACCAUAGCAGCAAUGGCAGCAUUGGAUCUGAAGCGGUUGACGGCACCGUUGCGGCGGGAGGAGCAAUUAUGGCGAGCACUACCACGACGUCCAAGACGAUUGAUCGAUGCAGCUGCUACCUGCUGCUGCUGUAUGCACCAUGUCUGAAGAAGACCCCUCUGUGGACCGAACUCUCUGGAGUACUCCUGGAUCUUCUGGCCAAGGAGGAGCACAGCGAGUAGCAGCCUGGGCACUGACUAGGAGGCGUUGGGGCCUGGGCGAGCCUGGGAGGAGGCAUUGGGGCCUAGGCGAGGAGGCGCUAGGCGCAGUGAGCCUGGGAGAGGAGCCGAUGGGCGUAGCGAGCUGGAGGCGCUGGGUCGAGGAACUGCUGGUGCUGGGCGAUGGCGACGUGCAGGAGCUGCUGGUGCUGGGCGACGGUGACGUGCAGGAGCUGCUAGGAGAUGCGCCUGGAGCUCGUGGGCGUUGGGCGCUGGGUGCGGCGAGGCGGCAAGCGCUACGCGUGGGGAAGAACCGAGGGCAUGGUGCCAUGGUCUCGUGGGUGCCUAGUGCCAUGGACGCGUGGGUGAUUUUGAAUUUGAAUUUCUGAGAAGGAUUGAGGAAGACGAUCGCGGGGAAGACGAUCGCAGGGGUAGAAACGUCCUUCUGACAGAAAUCGGUGCCGUCGGAAUUUUGAAAAUGCUCCUACAUUUCAGGACGGAGUGAUUGAGUGUUGGGGACACUAUCAUUUGAAGCACAAGAGCAAGGAGUUCAUCAUGAACAACACCAUCUAUUACCUUUUGCAGAGUGGUGUCUCUUAGAUUGGUUAGGUGUCACUUGGGAGCCUCCAAGAUAUUGUGGAGUUGAAUCAAGGAGUUUGUAAGGGCAAGCAGAUCGCCUACUUCAUGAGAAUCUACCCGAGUGAGGCUAGUACUUCGUGGGCGUAAGCCAUGAUGGAAAAGACAAGGUUGAUUCUUCAUGGGUGGAGCCCUCCAUAGACUCGCGCAAAUGUUACCCUCUAUGGGUUGAAGUCGCCAUCAAUGUGGAUUUACGAUAGCACCACCUAUCGGAACCAUGACAAAAAUCAUCGUAUCCUCAUUGUGUUUGAUAUCUCCGAUCUCUCCUUUACAUUCAUAUGCAAAGUCUUUACUUUCCGCUGCUCAACUCUUAGACUUGCAUGUGUAGGGUGUGCUUGACUUGGUAGAAUUGCUAAA